UGGAAACACUACUUAUAUUCAUUACUAUAACAACAUCACUUUCGCGCUUACAAAAUCAUGAAAAUGAAAGAGGGAGAAUUCACUGCCGCAAUAUAUGGUGCAAUUAAAGACCAAAAGUAUAAGGAAACCGUAAAUAUACUGAAUCAGCAACUUCUCGUUCAUCCAACCAGUCGAGCUGCACUUUCAUUACUCGGUUACUGUUAUUAUCAACUACAGGAUUUCGUUAGUGCUUCUGAUUGUUAUGAACAGUUGACUCAGAUUUUUCCUGAAAUAGAAGAAUAUAAAUUUUACUUCGCACAAUCAUUAUAUAAGGCAGGCUUGUUUCAAGCUGCAACUAAAACUGCAGCUCAAAUUGAAAGUUUAAAUUUUAAAGAUAAACUUAACAAACUUAUUGCUGCUAUACAUUAUGGUGAAGGUGAUUUAUCUGGUUCACGUAAUUUAGUUGGACAAAAUCCACCUGGUGAUAUUGAUUCAAUUGUUAAUCUUGGUUGUUUAUAUUAUCGUGAUGGUGAUUAUCAAAAAGCUUGUCAACAAUUUCAACAAGCUAUACAAACCACUGGUUUUAAACCACAAUUAACUUAUAAUAUUGCAUUAUGUUAUUAUCAAAUGAAAAAAUAUGCACAAUCAUUAAAAUAUAUUGCUGAUGUAAUAGAACAUGGAAUAAGAGAUCAUCCAGAACUUGGUGUAGGGAUGACUACAGAAGGUUUAGAAGUACGUAGUGUUGGAAAUACACUAGCAUUGCAUGAAACUGCUUUAAUUGAAACAUUUAAUUUAAAAGCAGCUAUAGAAUUUAAUUUAAAAAAUUCAAUCUCAGCUUCUGAAGCAUUAACUGAUAUGCCACCAAGAAGUGAAGAAGAACUUGAUCAUAUCACUUUACAUAAUCAAGCAUUAAUUAAUAUGGAUAUGGAACCAGGUGUUGGUUUUCAAAAAUUACAAUUCUUAUUAAAACAAGAAACAUUUCCACCAGAAACAUUUGCAAAUUUAUUAUUACUUUAUAUUAAAUAUGAAUAUUAUGAUUUAGCAGCUGAUGUAUUAGCUGAAAAUGCAACUAUAGCAUAUGAAUAUUUAACAACUGAUUUAUUUGAAUUUAUUGAAGCUGUUAUACUUAGACAAACUGCACCACAAGAUGCAUUCAACCGAUUUGAUCAAAUGGCUGUAAAACAUACAGAACAAUUAAGACGUUUAACUAAAACAAUUCAAGAAGCUAGACAAAAUCAAAAUGAUGAAUUAGUUAGAACUACAGUACAAGAAUAUGAUAUGGCAUUAGAAAGUUACAUUCCAGUAUUAAUGCAACAAGCUAAAAUUUAUUGGGAUAUGGAAAAUUAUCAACAGGUAGAAAAAAUAUUUCGUAAAUCUGUAGAAUUUUGUAAUGAUCAUCCUGUAUGGAAGCUGAAUGUUGCUCAUGUUUUAUUUAUGCAAGAGAAUAAAUAUAAAGAAGCAUGUAGUUUUUAUGAACCAAUUGUUAAAAGACAAUAUGAUAAUUUAUUAAAUAUUAGUGCAAUAAUUCUAGCUAAUUUAUGUGUUACUUAUAUUAUGACAAGUCAAAAUGAAAAUGCUGAAGAAUUAAUGCGUAAAAUUGAAAAACAAGAAGAAACUAUAAGUUAUGAAAAUUCUGGUAGAAAAAUAUUUCACUUAUGUAUUAUUAAUUUAGUUAUUGGUACAUUAUAUUGUACUAAAGGUAAUUAUGAUUUUGGUAUUAGUCGUGUUAUUAAAAGUUUGGAACCAUAUCAAAAGAAAUUAGGACCAGAUACAUGGUAUUAUGCUAAACGUUGUUUUCUAUCACUUAUUGAAAAUAUGUCAAAACAUAUGAUUUUAUUAAGAGAUGCUGUAUUAUUGGAGUGUAUACAAUUUUUAGAACAUUGUGAAUUAUAUGGACGUAAUAUCAAAGUUGUAAUGGAUCAACAACAACAACAACAACAGCAACAACAACAACCAAAUGAUGCAGUGAAAAUUCAUCCAGGACAAAAUACUGUUACAUAUGAAGCACGUUUAUUGAAAUCUUUACUAUUAGAACUUAUUCAAAGUUGAAAUUU